AUAAAAUGAAUUUUAUGCAUGAAUUGUUGUUUGUGGUAAUUCUGUUUAUUGCAGCAAUAAAAACGGCAUCAGUUGUCAAACACUCGACUCAAUUGGACGACAAUAUAACGAAAGAACAAUUGAUUGUCAAUAUUACCGAUCAGUUGAAUAAAACUGAAAUAGUAUUAAACGAUUUAAAAGCCAGAGGUUAUCAACAAUUUGUCAAACAAUUGGACACAUAUGUGAACAAAAUGGUAGUUCAAAAGCAAAUUGUCAUCAAAGCUGAUCCAACGACAUUUGAGGGACAGGUAUUGAUUGAUAUGGCAGCCAUAGCAUUGGACAAAUAUGUCUCGGAUAUUGGUGUCAUUAUAGUGGCCAGUAAUACACAAAUUGGUGCCGACAAUCGGGUAAUUGUCAAAAAUAUUAGCAAUGCUGCAACCGGUUAUUAUUCUGAUUUUUAUACAUUAGCUAAUACAAGAUUAACCAAAUAUAAAGAUAUUGAAUUAAGUAAAUUAAAUACUAAUAUUUUGGAAAAUAUUCUAAAUAAUACCCUAACAGAAAAAGCAAUUGCCAAACAAUUGUUAAUUGAUUGGCCAUCAAAAUAA